AUGCUUCUGUCACCGGAAUUAUUGCCAUCGAUACCUUCAAAUAUCAAUAAAAUAAAAACCACAACAACAAAUUCUCAUUCAUCUACCAUGACACCUUUGCGUAUCACGAACCGUCGAAUAUCGUCAAUAGAUAGUCAACAUGUUACCAAGGAUUUAUGUAAAGUAGAAAAUAAAUGUAACGACGACAAAACCAUGGUAGAUUAUUGUUCUAUAUGCACAGAACAUAUAAGUGUUUAUGCUGUUUCUCAGUGUAAUCACAGAAUUUGUUACUUGUGUGCUUUGAGAUCCAGAGUUUUAUUUGAAACCAAUACUUGCCCUUAUUGUAGAGCUCAACAAACCAAAAUAAUAUUUACACAUGAUUCUGAUACUUCGUUUUCAACAUUACUAUCAUCAAAAGCAUGGUAUAUUAUUUCUGAUUUUCAAAUUUUAUGUGAGGAUGAAUCAAUUUAUCGAAUGGUUACAAAUACGAUAAGGCUUCGUUGCCCAUUAAAAUCAUGUCAAGUUGCUUGUGAUGAUGGCUGGCCUGAACUUUAUCAACACGUUCAAAACGAAAAAGAUGUUCCAUUUAUAUUCAUUUGUGCUCUUUCGCUAAUCUUAUCCUUACUCAAAAUGUUCACUCUUCCAAGUUCUUCGAACAAAUAUUUUGCUUCUACCUUACAAAUACUCGAUACUUAUGUUUCACCUAUAUUCACCUCAAUUUUUCAACUUGAUUUGGAUGAAAACUCUCAGCUCGAAUCUUCACUUCACUCAAUUUAUUCUAUUGGAAUAAGAGUUGCAUUUGUAAUCGCAUAUUUAACGAUG